CCAAGGUAAUAAUAAUAUUAUAAAUACAUACACAUAUAAUGGAUUGGAGAGGGAUCGAUAACAAAACGAAAAAAUCCGAUCUAUGAAGAUGGCAGGGAAGCAGCUUAUGCAUGCGGUUCAAUACGAUUCCUAUGGUGGAGGUGCCGCCGCCUUGAAGCAUGUUCAAGUUCCAGUCCCCACUCCAAAGACAAAUGAGGUUUUACUGAGAUUGGAAGCAACCAGUAUCAACCCUGUCGAUUGGAAGAUUCAGAAGGGUGUUCUCCGCGCUUUGUUUCUCCCUCGCAAGUUUCCCCACAUUCCUGCUACUGAUGUCGCCGGUGAGAUUGUUGAGCUUGGACCCCAAGUCAAAGAUUUUCAAGUUGGCGACAAAGUCGUUGCUAAUCUCACUCAUUCUUAUGGAGGUGGACUGGCUGAGUUUGCUGUGGCUAGCGAGAGCUUAACGGCUGCCAGACCGUCUGAAGUCUCAGCUGCUGAAGGUUCGGGUUUACCUAUAGCUGGCCUCACAGCUCAUGAUGCCCUCACUCAAAUUGCUGGAGUCAAGCUUGAUGGGACUGGCCAGCCCAAGAACAUUUUGGUGACUGCUGCUUCGGGUGGUGUCGGUCAAUAUGCUGUUCAACUGGCAAAACUAGGGAACGCCCAUGUGACAGCCACUUGUGGGGCUCGUAACAUUGAGUUUGUUAAGAGCUUAGGUGCUGAUGAGGUUCUUGACUACAGGACUCCGGAGGGGGCAGCACUGAGGAGUCCAUCUGGUAGGAAAUAUGAUGCGGUGGUAAAUUGUACAACUGGAAUACCUUGGUCAACUUUUGAUCCUAAUUUGACUGAAAAGGGGAAGGUCAUCGAUUUAACGCCUGACUCAAGUUCAUUGAUGACUUUUGCCUUGAAGAAACUUACUUUUUCCAAGAAGCAGAUGGUGCCUUUUUUCGUAACUGUCAAGCGUGAGAGCCUGGAGUUUAUAAUUCAGUUGGUGAAGGAUGGGAAACUAAAGACUGUUAUUGACUCUAAGUUUCCUUUGAGCAAAGCUGAAGAUGCUUGGGCUAAGAGCAUCGAUGGCCAUGCUACUGGAAAAAUCAUUGUGGAGCCAUAGGCACCGAUUGCUUGGAGUUGCUGUAUUUCUAAGUUUAUACGUAUCCCUACCCGGUUUGUGUAAAGCUCAUAGAAAUGAAUAUCCAGGCUUGUCUUGUGUUUUAAGGAUUUUAAGUUCAUAUUUGUUGUCUUUUCACAUUCUCUUGCUGGUUUGUAAAUGAGAAGAUGCUUUAUUGUGAAACUUUUUUUCGUCUCC